AUGGCAAACAGGCUCCAGAAAUACGCUAGCAGCGUUUCACCCUUGAAAGGUUUGACUGCCUUGGAGCUCGGGGCCAAGGCAAUAAACACCCUUCCAGUGAGAGAUGGGUUGCCGUGGAAUGACUUUGCAAGGAUGUACACGUUGAGGUUAGGUAUGAACGAUCCGGUCAUAGUCGCACAAAGAACAGGCGGCCCGUCGUAUGACGUGGUUUUCAUUCAUCAUUGUGACAAACUGAGUCGAACUCAGAUUGAGCUUCUGCAACGAUUGCAGCACGAAAACCUCACGACUGUUCACGAAAUCUACCGCCAGCAUGGCUCCUGGCAUAUAGUGACCGAACAAGCGGCACGUUCGCUUCAAGAGGCUGUCGGGAACCCAUUUAUGGAUAGCUCUAUGAUCGCGGCCAUUAUAGGGCAGAUCGUCACGGUUUUGGUAUACUUGGAGAGCCAAGGUCUACGGCAUGAAUCCCUCACCUGCUCUGACAUAUUGCUCCAUCCCACUGGGCGAAUUACGCUAGGAUCUUACACGACAGGGCCAGACAGACAAUGGACUUGCGUCUACUCCGAUACGAAGGAAGACAUUCGUCGUUUGGGUUGCGUCAUGAUGGAAUUGAUGGACGGCUAUGUCAAGGAUGGAGGUAGCGUUGGUCUCGACGACCCAUCACGAUGGAGUCCCGAAGCCGUACAGUUUCUCGGAGCGACGACGUCUGUUUCGUCAGCAAAAGAGCUUCUACUGCUCUUCCCGUGGAAUUGGCAUCGUAAACAGUCCAACCUCGCCAAAAGCUCAUGA